AUGCCUCAGACACAUAACCAAAGAUGCAUGCCCCCGGAGCUGCCGGAAUUGCUGAAGCAAUUUACCAAAGCCGCCAUUCGGACCCAGCCGCAAGAUCUCAUCCAGUGGGCCGCAGAUUAUUUUGAGGCUGUGUCCCGUGGAGAGAUUCCUCCAGUGAGAGAGUGGUCUGAGCGAGUGACUUUGUCUAGCUGGGCUGAGCUUACACCGGACCUGUUAAAGAUCCUGCAUUCUCAGGUUGCUGGCAGACUGAUCGUCCAUGCAGAUGAGCUGGCCCAGUUGUGGAAGGUGCUGAAUCUCCCACCCAACCUGUUUAAUAGUGUGAUGAAUGUGGGCUGCUUCACGGAGGAGAUUGAGUGGCUGAAGUUUCUCGCCCUUUCUUGCAGCUCUCUUGGAGUUACCAUUGCCAAAUCUCUCAAGAUAGUGUGUGAAGUGCUGUCAUCUGACCACGAUGGUGGCCCUCCCCGGAUCCCUUUCAGCACCUUCCAGUUUCUCUACACGUAUAUCGCUGAAGUGGAUGGGGAGAUCUCUGCAUCACACGUCAGUCGAAUGCUCAACUACAUUGAACGGGAAGUUAUUGGUCCUGAUGGUUUAAUCAAGGUGAAUGACUUUACCCAAAACCCCAGGGUUCGGCUGGAGUAAAAGCACGGUUUUGGCAAUUUUAAAGGAAGAUACAGAGAUGACUGUGCUUCAGAAUGACUGAACCCCAUAUACCAUCCAAUGUCAAUUUUCCUGUGAAACUGGUACACACUAAUAAACAAUUAGGCAAACAUAUGAAA